UUGGGAAAAACCCGUCUGAGGGUGAUAAAUUACUAGAAAUCAUAACACAGUCAUCGUCAGAGCCGGGUCGAUAUUGGCGGUCAGGACCUGUCUUAUUUAGGGUGGCUGGCGUUAUCUCAGACUGUACCCCGGGGGGUGACACGGACAGCUCAGCGUGUUCGCACAUCACUGUUAGCUCUCGCCUCCACGGCUAAAAAACAUUCAAUACGAGGACACAGGGAGCUAGUGAGCGGACCGCAGAGGACGUGGAGUGUAGCAGCGGGAAUGUUGACUAGCUGUUGCUCCGUUUGAUGGAAAAAAGGCUCCCUCUUGGAUACAGACAACCGGUCCAGACAGGUGACCGAAUGCUUACUCACUGCCUCCGUUGUAGCUAACAGGCUGGUCUGUAGCCGGCUAACUUUAGCCUCGUCUGGUUUCUGGUCAGGGGCCUAUUUCUGUUCUCGUUACCGGCGCUUUCGGAAAAUUCAAGGGCCAUGGAUUUCCCGGGCCAUUUCGAGCAGAUCUUCCAGCAGCUCAACUACCAGCGUGUCCACAGUCAGCUGUGCGACUGCGUCAUCGUGGUGGGCAGCCGGCACUUCAAGGCCCACCGCUCGGUGCUGGCGGCCUGCAGCACCCACUUCAGAGCCCUGUUUACUGUUGCAGAGGGAGAUGCCAGCAUGAACAUGAUCCAGCUGGACAGCGAGGUGGUGACAGCUGAAGCUUUUGCUGCUCUCGUGGACAUGAUGUACACCUCUACAUUGAUGCUGGGCGAGAGCAACGUCAUGGACAUCCUCCUUGCAGCCUCACAUCUGCACCUAAACAAUGUUGUCAAGGCCUGCAAACACUACCUGACCACACGCACUCUGCCCAUGUCCCCCUCCUCUGACCGACCCACCCAUCACCACUCUCAGCAGGAACAGCAGAGGCACCGGCAGCAGCAGCAGCAGCAGCAGCAGGUAGCAGAUUUAGCAGUAAACCCUGGCCUGGCUGCUAACGCUAACCUCACAGCAAACGCAGCCACGUCAAAGUUGCAGCGCUCCUUCCUCCUGCAGCAGCUGGGGCUCAGCUUGGUGAGCUCUGCUUUGGGCGGGAUGGAGGAGGACGCAGUCGGAAAUGUCGGCGGCAGAGGAGUAGUUGAACAGAGAGCAUCCUUCCCGAUCCGACGCUUUCACAAACGUAAGCCCUCUCUGGCCAUGGGCAUAUCAGAUGAGAGACCCAGGCAGAGGCAGCGUCCCUCCGCCCCUAACAUGGUGUUGUUGGGAGAGGGAGGGAUGAACACAGAGCGCGAGGAGGGAGUACUGCUCUCACCAGACUCCCACAAGAUGGGGGAUGAAUCCAAAUUGGAUGCCGCAAUCACUGGCUUAGUGGGAGUGUCCCAAGAUGACCCUCAGAUGCCGAGCCAGUCGGAUAGUGGACACUGCGAGGGGGAGGACUUGGGGAGGAUGCAGGGAGGGGUGAACAAGGAGGAGGACAUGGAUGACCAGGACCAGCAGGAUAACAGAAUGGGGGUGAAGAUCAAAUCAGGGACAGAGGAGGAGGAGGCUGAAGAACAGAAGGUGGUGGUUAAACGAGAGCCGCUAAGUUCGCCCGAGCCGGCUGACGAAAUCAGCGACGUGACAUCGCAGGCUGAAGGCAGCGACCGGGCUGAGCCUGGAGGCGAGGAGGAGAAGGCGGAGCUGAGCCCAGAGAGCAGCGACCGCAGCUUCACCUCUGAACCCCAACCCAGCUCCGACUCUCUGCUGCAGCCCAGCUCGCAGCUCCUCCUCAAGAGCAGCAUGGGAGGAGGUGGCGGAGUCGGAGGAGGGUACGGGUGUAAUAACGGACUGGGUGGCAAAACUGGUUUCAAUAUUUCCAGCUUCCUCAGCCCUAAAGAUUUCGGAAGCAGCGGGGCAGGGUUAGUUACUGGAGGGGACGACCUCCCCAACACAACUACUGGUGACGCAGUAGCACAUCAUUUCCUACUCAGACAGGAAGCUGCUGGGCCAUCUGGCUCUGCUUCUUCUUCUUCUCUUCUGCAGUCAGGUCCGCUUGGUGGUGAGCGUCGCAACGGAUUCGGAGACAACCUUCAACCUGAUUCUCUAUUCCUUCGCCCGUUGCAUGAUGGUUUAGGGAACCCUCGAGGAAGCGGGGGAGGUGGGAAUGGAGGACAUGGAGGUGUAGAUCCCUUUGAUUUGGACUUCCAGCGCUCUAGCCUGGGGUUUCACUCCCUGGGACGCCACUCGCGAGGUGCAGCGACUGCCGCUGCUCUCGGUUACCCAGGUUACAGACGCAUUGCCCCUAAAAUGGCCACCGGGAUGGGAUCAGAGGAAGGGGUAAGUGGCGUACUUCAGGAUGCAGCAUCUUCCUCCUCAAGCCUGACCAGUCCUUUGCUUCUAAAUAAGAGUGGUGGGUACGAGAUAAACAGUGGCAGGCCCACUUCGCUCCCCCCUCAGCUGACCCGAGCUUCAGCCGACGUCUUGUCCAAGUGCAAGAAGGCCCUGUCGGAGCAUAACGUCCUGGUGGUCGAAGGAGCUCGGAAAUACGCCUGCAAAAUCUGCUGCAAGACCUUCCUCACCUUGACUGACUGCAAGAAACACAUCCGAGUGCACACGGGAGAGAAACCAUACGCGUGUCUCAAGUGUGGGAAGCGCUUCAGCCAGUCCUCCCACCUGUACAAGCAUUCCAAGACCACCUGCCUGCGCUGGCAGAACAGUAACAUGUCCAAUGCGCUGCUGUAGGACUGAAGGUAGCGGGCCGACAGAAUGGAUACAUUAGAAAUCAGUGAAGGGUUUCAUGUCCCUAAAAUAUUUAGAUUUUUUUUAAAGCUGUCACAGAUGUUCUGUCCAGACUAACCAGUCCUGAUCACAGACCAAAGAUAGGGAUGUCAAUGUAACCUUACAUUUUCUUUUCCAGCACAAACCCACAGCAGAAAGUCGGUUAAAGUUCUAAGGACUCUUGAAAGAUUGUCAGACGUGCAACAGUAUCACAUAUAUCACUAUGGAUACUCCCUUGUAGGAGUAUGAUUAAUAAAUAUGAGGACUCUCAUCAGCGUCAGUACAUGCAACAUGCAGACUUAAUACUAUCUGGGCCAGGACUUUUUAAAGCAGCCACACAGUUGCUUAUGUUGUGUUUCUAAAAAGAAUCACCUGGGCCUUCUCGUUAUUAAGUGAAAUCUAGAUCUGCUGUUAUGAUCAGUGUUUGCAGAUCAGAAGCUGUGCAGCACCAACAUUAAAGGAUAAGUUCACCCACAAAGGAAAAGUCAUUAUCUACUCUCCCCAAUUCUGAUGGAAAGUUGGUUGAAGUUUUUUUUCCAUCAAACGGAGCAAGUUUCCAAAAUAGUGAUGGAACUUCGCAGCAAAACAGUGUUGCAGCAUUUUCCCAAACAACUGAAGUAGAUGGGGACUUGUAAGUCUUGUAACAGCAGCUUGUAAGUCUCUGGGAAAAAAAAAAAUCUGAACUGUAGCCGCUUCGCUAAAAGCAUAAGAAUAAUCCCCACCUGCACUGUAAAGAUUCAGAAAUGUUUUGCAGACUACAAAACUAGGGUGAACUUAUCCUUUAAGAAGAAAUGUAGUGUAAAAUAACUUGUAGAUUUCCGUUGAACAUUUGUACAACAUGUAGCAGCAUCCCACACCUGACCAUAAUCGCUCUGUGCGACAGCAGCGUUAUUAGCUGUCGACCGACUGAUUCAGAGUCGCUUUAGAUGCCAGAUGUGAUUCCUGUGAGAACUGUUGAUACUCUCUCUACUGUACAAGAAUGUGGAUGAAGUCAGGUUCACUUCUGUGAGGCAGGCCCACAUCAACCAACAGAAAAUAUAACAAGAAUCUAGUGUUAUAGUAUUUUUUUGUUUACCCCGUAGUUGGUACAUUAUGCUGUUGUAAUAUAACCAGGUUAUGUUAUUUACUGUAGAGGAAAAAAUGUAUGUGUUUAACAUGGUUGACUAGGACGGGAGGAACCCAAAAAUGAGUUUGACUGAGUGGAUGUUAUCAGUUUGACCUCAGUAGUUGCCUUUCAGUCCCAAGAACCUCUGAAUUACCAUCAUCGGAAGUCUUGUUGUCUGGUAGCUGGCAAGAUGAUUCAUUUUGCACUUACUCAGACCUCAGAUGCCGACAGGAAUAAGUCUCACUUUGAAAUCUAUUUAAACCUAUAGUUUCAAGUACAAGAUUUGGAAAAGUGGGAACAUUUGAAUUGCACUAAUUAUCAUCUUGCCCCAAUUAAGCCUAUUAACAUUAGAUACAGUUCUGUUGUUUAGGGGGGAAAAAAUCAGAGCGAUGAGCAAGGCAAUAGUCUGUACAAUCUUCUUAUUAACAGCAGGAAAGAAAUCUGCAUUCAGCGGGCCUUGCAGUCACUUAUUGAGAAAACUGUGCAUCAUAAUUCCAUUUUAUUACCUGGAAAAUACGCUCUGAAAUGCACCUUAGUUUUUGUCAUAAUGUGCAGAACAUGCAAUCUUUUGUGGUUAACAAUUGUUUCAAAAUUCGUAUCUGGAUGAUUUCCCCCUCCCUGUUGUUCCUUCCUGCCUGGGAAUGACCACAAAAAGUUUGGCUGUGGUGAACACGUUUACUGACCGUCCACAUAUCAGUCAUGUUUCCCUGCUCGCUGGUGUUCUAUUGUGUACAGUAUGUGUGUUUAUUAAAAGGGCAGAAGUCAGGCUGAGAUGAAGAGUCAUAGAUAUUGCACAUUUAUGUGGUUGGUUUCCUAAUUUUUCUCUUAAAAGAGACAAAAUGACAAACAAUGAAAAAGAAAAUAUUUGUAUAGGUUUACUACUGUACUUGAUAUCAGUGCUUUAUACAUGUCUCUUUAUACAUCUGAUGUUGCAUCCGUUACAAAAGCACUUAGACAAAUCAUUUUUUUGUAACUAAGAUGUUUACUGGAAUGUUGAACUAUGUGAAAACGUUGCUGUGUUACAAUUGUCCGAGGGUUUUUUUACACAACCAUCAGAAUUGGUUAGGUAAGGGUUGUCGCAUGUUUGCUGACAUCUGUAAUACAUCAUUUCCACAGGUUGUGAAAUGCAAAUACACAUGGAGGAAAUUUAAAAAAAAAAAAAAAAGGAUUUUAUAGGGUCUUAUGUCAUCUUUUGAUUUGACUUUUAGCAGUUUUUUUUAAUGUUUGUAGCUAUAUUUUAAUGUCUACCUGUAACUUAAGAAAUGCUGUCAAAAAGUUUGACAGUUAUGUUUGAGUUGGCGAUUUGCGUAAGAUUCAGAAGAGAGAAUCUGAAUUUGCAGCUGAUAGAGAAUGACAUAUAAAGGAUUUUUACAUCAACCCCACUACUAUGCGUCUGACCUCCUGUGGGUUAUGAAUAAGAGCAGCUUCAUUGAUAGACAGUCGGUGGAUUGAAAUCAGUGUUCAUGCAGUGUUGUAGAGUUCUGUUUUAGUGAACCAAAAUGAAAAAAUAACACUUCUAACUACGUUUGCCUUUCUGUACACUUUGUUGCUUGCUGUUUUGUGUCACCUACACUGUCGAUGAGAAACACACGGUCAUUGCUUCCAUUCCUAGUUUUGCACCUUAUUGUACUGUAGAGUCAUCACACUGUUAGGCUGUACACAGGUUUAUUUGAAGCAUAUGUUGAUGGAUAAUGUUGACUUUUUUACUUCAGAAGAAUAAUAUGCCUUGUAGGAUGUUUUUCCUGUAAACAUAAGCUAACUUACCCUGUAUUUGUCGCCACUAAGGAAUCAAUAGGAAAGUUGUUGAAGGUGCAAUAUGUAAGAAUUGGCUAGUUGUGGGCAGCAUAUCGCCAGAGUAACCGCUAACUGCUGCUAAAUGUAGCUGCAGUUAGUAGGGCUGCUAGCAGUCCAGACGGUGGGCUCAGAGCACCGAGCGAGUGUUGCUGGAGCUUUGUGCUAGCUGUAAGCAGCUAGUGCCUCAGUAGAUAUCCCUGCAACACAGCUCAUGGGCAUCAUAACAGCAAAACUGAUCACGUUCUGUUGUUCAUUUUAGUCGUUUUUUUAAACUAAAAUCCUUACAUAUUGUACCAUUAAAGCUCGGCCACAGUAUUUAAAAUUAUUGCUGAUGGUUCAGUCUCAAAUCUGUGUGUGUUCUCAAUCACAUUCAGCCUCCUGGGAUGUUGUCUUUAGAAAUAAUGAGAGGUAGCGGUGACGAUGUGAUGGAGAAAUCCUCCAAAAUGGCUUCCAUGUCUCACACAGUGGCCUGUAAAGGUUUAUUAUGGUGCUGUCUUCUAAAACUGUUGCAUAAACCGUAAAUGUGAAACUCUAACAAAAGAAAAAUGCACUGACUGUAAAACCCCUGUAUGAUUAUGCCAAAAUGUUAAAACAUAUAAAAAAAAAGGCCUGAAUUGAUUAUGAAAGUCACUGCCUUACGCCCACUAGCUUGAAAAGCUGGGCUUUUGUUGAUAUGCCAAAUCUGAAGUAUUUCUGUUUGUUGUUUUCUGUAUACCUAACAUAGUGUAACCAUGAGAGGACUAAAUGUUUGUCUCUUUACUGUCGAGGGCGAUGACGAUUGUAUAGUAUGUUCAGUUGUUGUAUAAACUGAAUAAAAAAAAA